UGUGUACAGGUCCUGCAUUGCUUGGGCUCUUUGUAGUGACUUCCGAACACUUUUUGUGUGAAAUAGCUUUAUGGUUUGUAGAAGAGGACAUUGUAAUGAUGGCUGUGAUUGCAUUAUAGUAGGAGAGGUAAAAGUGUAUAAUUAAACAGAUGAUGACGUUCCCAGGUCACAACCCUCACCUGUUUAGGUGGAGGAGACUCAGCAAGAGUAAAACAUCUGCAGAUAAGGAACAGAUGCACGUGAAGAAUAGUGAUAUUGAUCAGUGGAGAAAGCGUGUGGAGAUGGCUUCCGAGUUUGCUGUAUCUGAAGUCUUCUCUCAUAAGAAACCUCAUUCAGGAACCAGCAGCCUGGCUGUACCAUUGCAACACUCUGAGCAGUUAAGGGAUCACGAUGACGCUUAUAGUGAAGCUCAGGCUCUUCUUGGUGAUUGGCUGAGCAGUAAGUUGCGGCUGGAGCUGGAGAUGGAGGAGGACGAUGACCUGAUGAGCUCUGCCGAGAGGAGAAGCCCUGCUGCGUUGGCUAGUCCUCAGCCGGCAGCCCUGAACUACAGCAACUUUAAUGAUUUGUACAACUGCCUGACUGAGGAGGAAGAGCACAGCGCUGUUAACAGCUUCCUACAAGACCUGAUGGAGCAAAAGGUGUUGGACUCUGGCGUGAUGGAGGAGCUGGCCCUCGAUGUCGGGCAGACAAGGAAGAAGGUCAGAAACCCGAUCGUCACCAUGGAAGCACGACACCUGCAGGUGCGGGAGAACAGGGCCCGGCGGGAGGCUGAGAGGCAGAGACAACAGAGAGUGAGGGAGGCUCAGCGGGGGGCCCGAGAGGAGGCGAAGAGGAGGGAGCGAGGCGAGGAGACAAGGAAGAAGCAGGAGGCAUGGAGGCAGGAGGAGAUGGUGCAGCAGGAGAUGGUGAGACUGCGGCGUCAGAUGGAGGAGAGGAGAGGCCUGGAGCAGCUCGUUCGACAGAGGGAAAGGGAGAGAGUGGAAGGGCUGAAGGCAGCCAGAACCCUCCAGUCAGCUCCUCCACUUCCCACAAAACAGCAGCAGCAGGACACAGAGCGAUUAUAUAAAGAACAGAAAAUUCAAACCAUGAUUCAAAUCCGUAAUCUCAAGUGUCUGCAAAGGCAUUUUUCUGGAUGGUAUUCAGCGGUGUUGGACCGAAGGCUACGUCUGGGCAAGGUCACGGCCCUCUGUGACUGGAAGAGGCAGCUGAGAGCGUGGCGAGCGUGGCGAGCAGUGGUGUGGGCAGAACAAAGGCGGCGAGAUGUGGCGAGAACAGAGGAGGAGCUACGAGCUGGACACAGACAAUGCCAGCUGGCUGUGGAGAGCGACCGAAGGCGGUUGCUACGGCGAUGUCUGAAUGAGUGGCAGCUAUGGUGUCGGAUGGAGAGGGAGCAACGAGAGCUUUUGGCCCAGCAGCAGGAGACCCGGCGGAAGAUGACUGCCCUAAUCAGCGCUGCAGCAACAGGCACACUCAAAGCCACCGAAACCCCUACUUAUCAGCCAAUAAUGACCCCACCUGAGGCACCUAACCAACCAGAGAACACAGAGAAGCAAGAUCACCACAGGUCAGGCACUUUAGCACCCGAUGCCUCCGCAGUACAUGAGAAUAAGACCCCUGUGGCCACUUUGGCCCCGCCCACUCAUCCAUGGCAGGUUACCCGACAGCAUGCAGCCCCGACAGCCGCUGAGCUCCGCGAGGCACGGCAGAGAGGCGAGGGCAGUGGCUCUACCUGUUCAAAAAGCGCAGCGUCGCCGGGCGCCAGGUUUGAAAACAGACACGCCGUCCAGCAGCAGAUCAUCACGCAGCAGAGGAAGCUGCUGAAGGAGCAGCAGGAGCAAAUUGCACGGCUGAAGGAGGAGCACAGCGUGGUGAGCCUGGAGCUGGAAACAGAGAAAACUGCACAGCUUACUCAGCUGUCAAUGCUAGGAGGCUCGAAACCAAAGAGCCACAGCUUUGAUCGCACAGAGCAGAGGGCACCGAGAGUUGCUGGAGAACCUGACAGGAAAGUUGUCACACGCCAGAGAUCUCCCCAUCCAAUCAUCACGGCCAUGGAGGCCCGUGCACAUGAGCGCGCAAAGCGUAGGAAGGAAAUAGAGGAACUCAAGAGAAAGAAAGAAGAGGACAAACUGGCAGAGCUAAAAGCCAUUGAGGAGCAGAGGCAGAGGGAGGAAGAGGAGGAGAAACGCAAGGCAGCAGAAAAGAAGAGGGAGGAGAAAAGGCAGGAAAGAGAGAGGGAAGAGGAAAAACGGAGGCAACAGAAAAGGCAACAGGAGCUCCUGAAGCUGGCCUGUCAACACUACCACACAUACCUGCUGCUUCGGCGAGGCCUGGCGCCAUGGAAACGCCUCAUUCAGCUCGGACAAGCCAACAUGCAGCUGGCAGAGAGACACCACAAUGUCUUCCUCCUGAGGCAGUGCACACUAGGCUGGCAUCAAUCUUCAAGGGAGUCCCAGUCUGAGAAAGAAGCUUCUGCGGACCAACUGUACCAGCACUUUCUGCUUCGUAAGAGCUUAAGCUCCUGGAAAAGACUUAAGGAUUGGAGGAUGAUUCAAGAGGAGAGAGCUGAGCGUUUCUAUCGCGCUCACACUCUGAGGAGGUUCCUGCUUGCACUGCUGGACCAUGUCACCCAGGCGAGGCUGGUGGAGUGGGAUCGUCGGGAGCUGGCUCAGGAGCACAAUAACAGACGGGUGCUGCGGCGAUGUUUCGUGGCCUGGGGGCAGCUUCCGUGUCUGCUGCGCAAGGAGAGAAAGAAGGAGGAGCGGCGGGAGAAGCUGGGGCGGAGAGUAACGGAGGUUCUUCCUGAUUUCUACUCCUAUCCACUGUAAAGCCUCUGGGAGAAACAGGUCACUGCAGGAGACAAACUGCAUACCCAUACAGACACACGUCUCAAUAACUCUGGAGAGGACACAUGUACACAGAUAAACACAAAUACACAUUUCUCACAUUUAUUUAAUUUAAAUAAAUAAAAUAAAUUUCACAUAAAACUGGACCCAUACACUUUACAAUAACAAAGAAAAGCUUUCAAUCCCUUUGAGGACUAAUAAAAGAUAGUGGAUAGCUCUGAAAACUUCAAGCUCACAUUAAAGUGUAUUAAUUUAUUUGCUUUUUUCAUAUUUCCAGAGCUGUUUAAUUCAGAGUCACUUUCAGCCAGCUUAAGACAGUAAAAGCAAAUACUUGUAUAUUCAUAACUAUCCAAUCAUUCAUUAAAUUUAACAAAAUGACAAGCUGUA